UAGCUUUUGCUUCAUCAAUUACUCUUUCUCUCUCUAUACCCACAUGAUUAGAUAACGUCUAGUUCUUCCAUACUCAGAUUUGAGUCAAAACCCAUAAAAAAAAAACAGGUAAAAAAGAUGGCUUGGAGCAACAACAAUGGAUCUCAAAGGCAGAGUCUACUAGGGAGAAGCCAUGGAAGCUUACCCAGAAACGGAUCAGAUCGUCAGACCGAAUCCAUUCCUACAAGUUGUUUUGGAUCUCUCUGCGAAAACAUCAACAAUUUCUUCGAGAAUGUUCGAGGAACUUCAGUUAAGUUAUAUGAAAUGGGUCGGUCUGAUCCUAGAAAAGUUAUAUUUGCUGCUAAGAUGGGUUUAGCUCUUUCUUUCGUUUCAAUCCUUAUCUUCUUCAAGGAACCUUUGACUUACAUUGGGAAGUAUUCAAUCUGGGCAAUUCUUACAGUCGUUGUAGUAUUCGAAUUCAGCAUCGGAGCAACGCUUAACAAAGGAUUGAAUCGUGCUUUUGGGACUUUAUCUGCUGGAGCACUUGCUCUUGGUAUUGCUGAACUGUCUGUUUUCUUUGGAAAAUUUCAGGAACAUGUAAUUGUUCUUAGUGUAUUUUUAGCAGGGUUUGUUGCAAGCUAUUUGAAACUUUAUCCAGCUAUGAAGCAAUAUGAAUAUGGAUUCAGAGUUUUCCUGUUGACUUAUUGUCUUGUGUUAGUAUCAGGAACUUCAGAUUUCGUCCAAACCGCGAUUAGUAGGUUGCUGUUGAUCGCGGUUGGGGCUGGAAUCUGUUUAGUUGUUAAUAUAUGUAUAUAUCCUAUAUGGGCUGGGGAGGAUUUGCAUAAACUAGUUGUGAAAAACUUCAAUGGUGUUGCUACUUCAUUAGAAGGUUGUGUUAAUGGAUAUUUGGAUUGUUGGGAAUACAAAAGGAUUCCUUCCAAAAUUCUUACUUAUCAGGCUUCUGAUGAUCUAAUGUAUAAUGGAUAUAGAUCUGCUGUCGAAUCUACAAGUCAAGAGGAGUCUCUGAUGAGCUUUGCUGUUUGGGAACCGCCUCAUGGGCGUUAUAAGAUGUUCAAUUAUCCUUGGAAUUCGUAUGUCGAAGUUAGUGGUGCAUUAAGGCAUUGUGCUUUUAUGAUCAUGGCUAUGCACGGGUGCAUUCUUUCGGAAAUUCAGGCGCCACCUGAUUUACGAAGGGUAUUUCUAAACGAGAUGCAAAGGGUUGGGUUCGAGGGGUCAAAAGUGUUGCGUGAGCUUGGAAAUAAGGUAGAAAAAAUGGAGAAACUUAAUCCCUCAAAAGACAUACUUGACCAAGUCCAUGAAGCAGCCGAAGAGCUUCAAAUGAUGAUCGACGAAAAAUCAUACCUUCUUAUCAACGCUGCAACAUGGGAAGAAGGUGCGAAAGGUGGUGGUUCAAAAGAAUUGGACCAAGAACCGAAUAGACGACCCAUAAUUCAUUCUCUUAGUCAAUUAGCUCUCAAUCUUCGAUCGAGUUCACAACUAAGGCCAAACAUGAGCACAAAUCAAUCCCUUCUUAAUUUUGAAUCGUCAGAUGAUCUGUUGAACAAACAAACGCAUUGGCCUUCGCGAAUGUCCAUUCUCGGAGAGACUAUACUCAAUGAAAGGGAAGUGAGGACUUACGAAAGUGCUAGCGCUUUGUCUUUAGCGACGUUCACCUCUUUGUUGAUCGAGUUUGUAGCAAGACUUCAGAAUCUCGUGAAAUCGUUUGAAGUUCUAAGCGAAAAGGCUAAGUUUGCAGAUUGUGCUUGACAUAGAAAAUUUUAUGUACAUUAUAGAGCCAAUUUGAAUUUUUAUUUAAUUUAUAUAUUUAUAGUAAAAUUAUAGUUGAGACUCAAACAACAAACUGUUUGAUUUAUUUUAUGGUGACAUGUAUUUUUGUUUAAUAAAAAAUUGUUUGUUGAAUGAAAUCACAGUUUUGGUA